AAUAUAAAUAUAAUGCCAGUGUCGAGCAAAUAAUAGACUUUUACAUCGAUAUGAUGGCAGAAUACAACUCGAAAACGAAUCCACACACGACACCAGCGGGCAGGAAGCAGAGGAAGCCCAGCUAUCGAGUGAGCUGCAUAAAUGGGCAGAGCAGCAGCAGCAGCAUAGCCCCAGAGGUCUAUGAGGCCAAGGCAUCAUCCAAAUCGCCAGAAACUGGAAUCGAAUGGAUUUUGUUAUGCUCAUUCUUUAUGGCCUUGGCUGUGAUUUGCCUUUUGCCGAUUUGCUAUUUUCAAAUCAAACGUCAUCUACAUGGGGAUCGUCUCAGUGCUCAUCCAGAACGUCCUCAUCGUCAUCGCCAGCGCCAGCGCCAGCGCCAGCGACGACUCCAUCGCCGUGCACGCAGCGUCAAGCCACAACAGGAUGAAAGUGCCAACGAACAGCCAAGCAAGAUCGAGGGGACCCGAGGCGACACCAGCGGUCGAGGCGACUCCCAGCGACGUCGUGGAGGAGCCGCCACACAGCGAAGCCCUCGACGUGGCGGCCGAGUAGCUGCCCAACGAAUCGCAUACCGUCGACCGCCGACCUCCUCCUCCGAUGAGUUUGACGGCUAAAGACACAAACAAGCAGCAAAGGUGAAAUUUUAGUUGCAGAACUCAAAACUGAACCCAAAAGUGAACCUUAAAUGUAUCCGAGAGCUACCUUUAAGAUGUUUCAUUCAAAUAUUUGAAAUUAAUUAAAAUUUAUAUACGUUUGAG